AUGGGUUGGAGGUACAAGGCGGGGCUGGUGCUCAUCGGGACCGUGGUCAUCAUCUGGGUCACCUCCGCCGAAGUCACGCAGGUUCUCUCCGCUAGAUCUCUUCCUCUUCGCUCCCUUUCGAAAUCCGAAUUCGAUUUCAUCGAUUGCCUGCAUCUUCCUCGCUAAUCGACUGCACCCUCAGUUCUCUCCCCCUCAUUCAUCUCCCCCAUCUCUCUAUCUCUGCUUCGACUGCACCCUCAGUUCUCUAUUUCUCUAUCUUUCUCUCUGUAUCUCUGUUCUUUUUUCGUGGAUGAAUCUGUGAUAUGGUGUUUCUGCUGGCUGUAGAACAAAGAUAAUUCAGUCUGGGGCCCCUAAUCCUUCCUCUGUGAGGCAUAUAUGAUUGAACUUUCCUUGAAAACUUCCAAUCGGCUGGAUUACUAGUGCUACAUAGCUCAAUAUUGCUGAGUGAGACUUGUGCUCGUGGAAGCCAGCCGACAGUCGCCUUGCUAUGAUUCUGAACUUCGUUGGGAGAAAAGAAGAGGCCAGAUCUAAAUCUGGGGGGGGAGGGGAUUAAUGUAAUCUCUGAGCUCUACAAGAAUGUAGUCAAAGCUCCAGAAGAAAUUCUUCUGAGCAGUCCCAUUAAAGCUACCCAUUCCCUUUGAGUAUCCAAUGCCAUCAUAAUACCAUGGUUUCUAUGGAAGGUGCUUCUGUCGAAUAGGUGAUCAUACCCUGCUCCCCUGCAUAGAUCGUAUAACAUUUUGAUGGUUUUCUGAGUAUCAGUCGACCUGGUCAGCAGAAGGAAGACAUCUAAUGAGGUUCUCUCCAAUGGGAUCCUCAUUUUCAAUGGAGAUCGGAAUCCCCAGAUCUCAGGGACUGCAUGGUGCCUACAUUGAUAGCUGGUAACGAGCUGGUCUCAUGCAGCUGUGAGGCUGCACUGUGUCCUUCAUCUCCUGGUAAUCUUAUGAAUCCGAAUCUGGGCAAGGAAAUUUCUCCUAGUAGGCUAGGAGGAUGUCAAAGAUGUCUAGUUUAUUCUGCUUGACAGGAUUGAAAUUUGGGGUUCAAAUCUCUUUUAUAUGGAGGUUUAGAUAGCCUAGUAAGGGCUACGAAAUUAUCCCUUAUGGUUCAAGAAAUUAGAUAAUGAUCGAGAUAGUUGGUUAUCAUGGUGAGAGAUUGUGAAGGGCGGGCAUCAGAUGGUCAAUAAACUCCUUGUUUUGAAAUGUGGCGUUUGGAAUUAACCUGAUCUUCUGAAGAUCUGUGGGCAGGGUUCCGAGAUGAAAAGCAGAUGAAUCGAAUUAAAGAAAAUGUGAGCGAGCAUGGAUCGGUAUGUUUCAGGCAGACUGGUCAUAUUUCAGUCCUCUCUCUCUCUCCCUCUCUCUCCGGUCAUAUUUGCAAGACAAAUACUUUUAGUAAAUUUACCUUCUUUAUUUGAUAUUGAAAGGGGAGGAAGGGAAAAUCUUCAAAGGCUUUUGCCAACUGCAAGCUGGUUCUAUUCUCAGUGGCAACAGAACGCUAAGAAGAACUCAUCCGGGCCACAGUCAAGAUUAGUGAAUCUACAAGGACAAUUUGACUAACCUGAAUAAAGGAUUGAAUAAAUGUAUUAUAAUGCAGUUUAGUGUUUACGAGUAAGCCCCAACCUGUGGGAUCCUUAGCAUUUAGUUCUUUCCCUCAGCUCCUAAAUUGUGGCCCAACUUUGGUACUUGUCACCUUCCUCCUAAAUAGUUAAUGUUCUUGCAAGCUGAAAAAGUUGGCUCACUUUGAGCUAGAAUGAUUGUCCUUCAAUUCUUACCACUUCAAUUGGUGGGGUAGAAAAGAAGAAUUCUUCAAAGUUGUAUGGAUCAUGGACCGAUGCUAGAAGAGCCAGUCUAAGACUUUGAUGACUGAAAUAUGAGUGGUUUGCCAAGAAGGAGCAUAUUUGAGUUUCAAUUUUUUGCUCUUUUUCUGGAUGAUUUGACCAUAUGUAUCCGAGAGAAAAACGCCUCAUCAUGUAUUAUUCUUGGUUUAACUCAAUUCCUUCAUAAGACUUCAAGAGACCUAAUGGUACCUUCAUCACUGAGAUUCCUAAUGAGGUAACUUUUGAAGGAGCCUUUUUCAACCUGUGUGCUCAUUAUAUUUCAUGUAAAGUUUUUCUGUAUCGUCUUCUUUGCUUCUGAUACAAAAAGAAAGGGAUGGGGCAGGUUUUUCGUCUUCAAGUAGGCAGAAAUGUGUCUGAGUUUUUCUAUGUUCGUCUGGGCAAACUAUCGUACCUGUUCCAUCUGUUUUUUCUCGAUGCUUGUCGUCAUUUCUUUUAUUUCUAUGCACGCCCUGGAAUUUGAUGUAUUUCUGAUGCUGAAAUCAGCUAACAUUGUUGUUUCUUGAUGCUUGUUACCAGAUCAACUGUUGUACAAGUUGUUCAAUCCUUUAUCUUGAUGGGUAUUUAAUAAUUAUAAAACUGUUUGAAGCCUUGCAUAUCAUGGACAUUUGAACUUUCAAUUAUCUGAUGGAGUCUAUAUACCAAAUUUCCUUAUCAUUUGUGUUGGUGUGUACUCUGAGAGGUUUGAAUUAGGCGCUUAAUACUUGUUACAGGUGCAGUACCUUGGGUUUUUAUCAGCUUUAGGUGGUGGAUAUGCGCACUAUGUAUUGAUGAUCACUUGGGUGGACUGGUGCUUAUGGUUCAAGAAAUAAUGCCUCAAUGAUAUUAUGUUUUCUGUGGUUCUGCUAGACGAUUUCCCAUUCAUUUUUCACGUAAACCAGCAGCUCUAAUCAGAACUGAAAAUCAUGACGGUUAUCUUACCAUGAGGAUGUAGUCUUCUUUAAUAAUAUAAAACUUUAACACUCUAAUCCAUUCUCAAUGGAGUCAGCAAUUGCUAUUGAUAUCAAGUAUUCUAGAGAUUGGUUGCUUUUACCUUUCCUGAUCGCAAGAGCAUUUAGUCAUUUUCUAUGAUAUUCUUGGAGGAUAGAAAAAAAUCUAUUUCUGGCAUUUACCGUCUCUUUGCUUCUGUUUGUGGUUAUGAUCCUUGUAGCUUGCCAGUAUGGUGAUGUUUUGUUAAGUUUUCCUCAUGCUGCUGCUUAAUACUGUUUAGUAUUGUCGUCUGUGCAGAGCAUAUUUAAUGACUACAGACAACCAUUUGCUAUUACUUAUUUGGGAGCCUCACUUAUGGUGGUGUAUCUACCCAUUUCAUUCAUUAAGGAUUGGCUGUGCGGUGUAUUCAGAAAGCAUUCUCGCCGAAGCAGUAGGAAUGUAGAGCUUGCGCGAAAAUCUUCUGGGAUACUCGCUCCUCCUCUUAACUAUGUUGAAAUGGAAAAGACACUGGAAAUGGAGUUGCAAAGCUCUUUAGCUCGGAAGGACAGUGAACCGGACCUCUCUUCACAGGAAGAGGGAGUACCCUUUAUUGCUAAACGCAAAGAUGAAGUUGAUUCAGUGAGGACGAAGAAGGAGUUCACCACGAAGGAAAUUGCUAUGUAUGGUCUUUAUCUGGCCCCUAUAUGGUUUAUGACUGAGGUGAGGCUGUUGAUCUCUCUACUCAACAAUUUGUCGAUCCUUUCAUAUCAGAUUGAGUAUAAUAUCAUGACCUUAAACUCCCAAUCACGAUUAUGUUUUUCACCCACCGUUUAGUUUAUCUCACUGCCACUGUUAAUUUAUCCCACUGUGUUCAGAGGUUAUAUGGUUCUGCUCUAUUUCAAUAAAAUCAUCAACUUUUCUUCAGUGUGGUAGUAAUAUUAAUUUCCCUGUUAAAUUCAGUAUUUAUCAAAUGCUGCACUUGCUCGGACCAGUGUUGCAAGUACAACAGUACUAUCAUCAACCUCUGGGCUCUUCACACUUUUUAUCAGUGUUCUCAUGGGGCAAGACUCGCUAAAUGUCGCAAAAGUUGUUGCCGUAUUGGUGAGCAUGGCCGGUGUUGCCAUGACAACCUUGGGCAAGACUUGGGCGGCAGAUGAGUCACGAUUGAACCCUUCUACGUAAGCUCCCAUGUCUGUAAUCUUUUUAUUGGACUCCUUGGAAUUCUGAGCUUUUGGUUCCAUGUUGGGCAGCCAGGCAUUACUUCUCCAGGAAGCAAAACUUUUCCUAAGCAGCUUAUGGUAUUUUAUCAAUGGCAUUUGAAGUUCCUUUCCAUGUGCAGAGUUGGAGAGCGGUCCUUAGUAGGAGAUCUUUUCAGCUUUCUUUCGGCUAUGUCGUAUGGUCUGUUCACGGGUGAGAUGCCUUUCGGGCUCUUCGGAUUGUUGUUGUUGUUGUCGUUUUGGGGCGGGAUUCUUCUUGUUGUUUAUUUGUUGAUGAUCAAUUAUAUAAUGGAAGUGGUGAUGCAGUGCUCCUCAAGAAGUUUGCUGGGGAGGAGGGUGAAGAAGUUGACGUCCAAAAACUAUUUGGAUAUGUGGGGCUGUUCACCCUUGUCGCCCUGUGGUGGCUCGGUAAGCCUCUCUUGGAAACUUUCAUCUUCCCUGAUCUGGAUCUUAAUCACUUGAAGAAUGUGUUACUGUUUAUCCCUUUAUUAUGAACAGUUCUCUUGCUUGCUGUGAGCCAUUGAUUUGAGUUGAAUCGAUGAGCUACUUACCUCUGUCACCCUGGGCCAGUUUUUUCCCUUAUAGUUUCAUAUUUUAUUCUUGCUUGUUUUCUCCUUAUGGAAAGCUAUACUCAGUCCCCAAAACUCUCUCUCACUAAUGCACACAAAACUCACAAAUUAUAUCAUGAACCUACGUUUUGAUCUAGUUUUCUUUCUUUGUUCGUGUGGUGAGAAAAUGGAUAAAUGUGAGGUUGCCAUGGGUACCAAACCUUCAGCGUAGCUAAUGAAAGCAUAUUAGAUAAUAUGGAAGAUUGAGCUUUAGGAAGCAUUCCCAAAGAAAACAUGUCAAUUAAAUCAAAACUAUCAGGAAAUUAUGACAAUUUGAACGUGGGUAGACCCACCCCUCUUAAGGACCCUUCUCAUUCAUCACGCCAUCUGGUGUAUCUUAUGUGGCUCAUCUUCAGGCUCCGUUUGGUGCACAUGGUCUUGGUUUAUCAUGCUAUUUCCCCAUCUGAGAGGAAGAAAAGGAUACUCGGCUCUACUCACCUACUCUGGUGAUUGCUCUCAAAUCGAUCUUUUGGAAGGUAAAAAUGCAAAAGGGGAAAUUAAGCAGGAACUUACAUGCAAUGGGGUAACAUUUUUGGAACCUGAAAAAGAAAUAAUAUUGGAGAGAGCAGGUAGGGAAUUUUAUUCAUUAAAACAUCAUUCUUAAUGAAUGAUAUUACACUGGGCCCAUACAAGAGAAGGCCUGUUGAGGCCAUAAGCACAAUGUACCAAUAACCAUCUCUUUGGGAUCUUCCUGGAGUGAAUGGGAUCUCAAGGGAAAACGUUCUAUGUAUACUUUGUAAGAAAUAAAUAAAUUUGCUCAUGUUUCCAAUUGACAUUGCUUUCCAUAGUAAUUUCGUUUGAAGAGUAUGUUUUUAACAGGUAUUUAUUACAGUAAUUCUUUCAUCUCUCUUUUCUAGUAUGGCCACUGACCGCUCUGGGGAUCGAGCCCAAGUUCACAAUCCCUCACUCUGCUAAAAUGGAGGAGGUUGUGCUUGUGAACGGCUUUGUGGGAAGCGUCCUCUCAGACUACUUUUGGUAUGGCAAUCAUGGCAUGUCUUUGAAGCUCGCGCAUGCAUGUGUAUCCUCAUGAGUGUGACUCACCGCUAACAGGGCACUCUGCGUCGUCUGGACCACCCCGCUGGUGGCCACACUGGGCAUGUCCCUCACCAUACCCCUUGCCAUGGUCGCCGACAUGAUGAUUCAUGGCCGCCACUACUCAGCCAUCUAUGUGCUCGGCUCAGCUCAGGUAUCCUUUCUAAGUUUGGUUAAUUGUUGCCCACUUGACAUACGCUCCAUCAGGAGAAACAAACCUGACAAACUGUGGGCAUCCUCUGUCAUGAGUAGAGGCAGGCCCAGAGAAGGAGGGGGUGGGGGUUAGCACUAUUAGGAGCUUGCUGGGGUACUCCCAUUUUUCUUCUGCCAAGACCUAGUCAAGGGGGGCGUACCAGCCUUCACAUCUACGGUUUGGGGUGGGUGGGAUUUUUUUCUUCUCUGGGUCUAUCUCUUCUAUCCGAAUCGAGAAAAGGUUUCCGGGCUAGUCUGUCUGGCCCAUUAAUAGCCCUUGAUUUCCUCAAUGAUGUAGAGUUACAAAUAACUGAUCUCAGACUUUGUGGCAAAGCUUUUAGAAGUGCCUUUGCCCUCAUAUAAAUUUCAAGAAAUAACUGUUAUUUAUGGAUAUUGAGAUAAAUCUACUUACCCAUUCUUCCCUGAAUUGCUGUUCUUUCUUCUCUCGGUAGGUUUUUGCUGGGUUUGUGAUAGCCAAUGCUGCGGACUGGCUUGCCCGGAAGCUUGGCUUCUAA